AAACCCUUGAGGUACAAAAGGCGACAUUUAUCAUUAUCAAAAUUGUUAUAAAUCUUAUCUUUCAUUUUGGUAUAAAAAUUCAGGUCAGAAUUUAAGUGUUAAACAGCACAAGUUUUGAAUCACGAAAAAAUGCUUGUUUCCUCUGGAUUCCUGUUAUUUGUUUUAGCGAUCAGUGGAAUUCAUUGUGAUGAACCUCUUGCAGAUAUUAUUGCUCGUCUCAAAGCUUUGGAGAAUAAAGUUGAAAGACAGAACGAUAUAAUCAGCCGGCAAGCCAUGCAGAUUGAAGGCCUCCAGGAGACAGUUUCUGCACAGAUGCGGGACAUUUCUGAACUGACUGAAAAAGUUUCCACCCAGGAAAACGACAAAAAGAAAAUUAUGAAAGAGCUGAGCAAUCUGAAAGAGAUCAAACAUAGUCAUGAACUUUGUAUGGCAAUGGUCAAAACAUCGUAUGUCGGACACCAUAAAGGCAAAACAGAAGGUAUUGGUAACGAGGACAAAGCUACAGGCAUACAGCGGGUUAAAGCAUUGGACAAUACCAAGAAACGGUUUGUAUUGGACACCCUAGAGACAGUCGCCUUUGAAGCUACCAUUUCGGGCGCAACAAAAUUGCCACAUUCACACGUGCAUGACAGGGUCGUCUUCGAGACAGUUUCUUUGAAUGUUGGCAGCAGUUACCACGCCGGAAACGGUACAUUUAUUGCACCUAUUUCUGGCAUCUACAUCUUCUCUACGUCUCUGAUGAUGCUGAAACCCGAUAUAAGUGAUCAUGGAAUGCAUGUGAUUAUAGAGAAAAACGGCAUGGAAGUUGCAGGUGCAUACGCUGCGUAUCGAGGCACAUACGAGCACAGUUCCGUGACAGCUGCGAUUGAACUUCAAUCCGGGGACAAUGUUUUCGUCAGUGUAGAAAGACAUGAUGAUAUAAGUUUCUACGGCGAUAAUCUGACAAGUUUCAUGGGCUUUCUUCUUUAUCCUUACUAAAAUGAUUUCAAUAUCUGUAAAUUUAUCAAUUAAACAUAAUGCACAA